UCCGUGUGAAGUCGGGAGGGGAAGCGCAGCCUUCAUAAAACUCUCAGGAUUUAACACUCUGCCAUUUUGAACAAAACCGACCGGCAGCGGACUCCAGACGCGUCUCUCACUCGCAAGCCAUGACCUGAAGCCCUGGCGAACUUGCAGCCGUGAAGUUGAAACUUGUUGGACCAACAAAGGAGGAGCUGCUGCUUGAACCGCUCGCCGGGCCUCUUCAGCCAUGUGCUCCACAAAACAUUCGAACUGGGUCACGUUUGAAGACGACAACACACCGCUCUCAUCACCUCAGAAGCCCCUGCCGUCCCCGGGACAUAUCAAAGCGUCCGUACCGCGUCCCAAUGGUCUUAAAUUAGGUCUUCCUCCAAUCAGAGACACCUCCUGGAGCCUCAGUAGUUCGCUGGAAUCCCCUCAAAGCCACUCGAGUCUUAGUGGAAGUUCCUGUGUACCGUGUAACACGCCUUUUUGCACUCCUGUGAGUGGGGUUCCUAGCGGCGCAUCCCCAUUUCACCCGAGCACGUGGGAAAAAAAUGACUUCUUUCAGAGGUUGUCAAGCACACCGACUACAUCUGUUUCCUCUCCUGCGUCAGAAGCCGCCACUCAGACCUCAGAGGGACCAAGCCCUUUCCCAUCUUUCCAGGGAAACUCAGGACACUUUAACCCCUUCUGGGCUGGAUCUCGAUGCAGCGCAGAGGCAGACAGCUCAUCCUCUGACUCAGAUACUGACAACAGCCUACCCCGUUUCUUUAUUCGGACCAAAGAUGGCAGUGAGCCUCCUCGUGACCAACUUCAGAACUCCCUCUCCUUCGUCUGCGACAAAGUGGAAGGCCUAAGAGCUGACGAAGGCCACGAAAGAGAGUCGGAUGCAGACGGGGAGCGACGGCUGAGCUGCAAAAGUGAGGUGUUGAGUGAGAGCCCGUCUCAGUUCGUUCCUAGAGGUCUGUUCCGCAGCCAAAAAAGAGACGGCUGGUCUGUCAUGGUCAGGAUUCCUGAGAAAAAGAACCGCAUGUCCUCUCGACAGUGGGGACCGAUCUAUCUCCGCUUGUUGCCGGGAGGAGUGCUGCAGAUGUACUACGAGAAAGGGCUGGAGAAGCCGUAUAAGGAGUUCCAGCUCCUCCCUCAGUGCAGGCUCUCAGAUCUCAAACUGGAAAGCUACAGCGAACCCCGCAAAGUCCUCACGGUCAAGGUGGAACAUUUCUCCUACACAGAAAAGAAGCGCUUCCACCCGAAGCUGGAGGUGAGUCACGACGCGGAGAUAGAGCAGCUGCUCAAGUUCGGCUCCACGGCACACGAUGAAAUGGAGGACCUGGUGGUCUCCAUGGAAGAGGAGAUCUUCAAGCUGCCCGUGCCCCACCAGCAGAGACGGCAUUACGAGGAGCAGGAGCUGUCGCUGCAGAUCACCGAUCACAUCUGGAUACAGCUGGAUAAGUUUGGAGAAGUCCUGGAGCGGACAGCUUUCACACAGGUUCACUGUCUUGCUUUUCUGAACGGACCCGGGGAAUGCUUCCUCGCCCUCAACGAUCUUGGCUUGCUGCAGUUUGACUCCAGUUACGGGUCUGAGGAUGGCGGUGAGCUUUGGAUGGAGAUUGCCGACUGCCAUUUCCACAAGUGCGUGAGCGAGAGCGAGUUUCAUCGGUCCCGGCUGAUCAAGUUCUCGCCUCCCGAUGCGUACAGGGCCGAGCUGAUGCGGUACAAAACGACCGUCUUGGGCUGCACAGAAAUGCCCUUCUCCAUCAAAGCCGUGGUCACAGUUCAGGGUGCCUAUGUGGAGCUGCAGGCUUUUCUCAACAUGUCGGCCACUUUCCUCUCUUCCAUGAGGGUGUCCGACGCUCAGCCGCUGUGUGAGAACGUGGUGAUCCGCGUGCCGGUGCCAGGCGCCUGGGUCAAAGUCACGCAGACGGUGGCGUUACUGCGACAGAGGUCACUGAAGGCCCGGAUGAACAGAAAUGCCUGCUUGGGCGCCGUCAGCGCUGCAGAUUCACAGCCCGUCAUGCAGGUGUCAAUCGGCACUGUGAAGUACGAGAAUGUAUAUUCAGCCAUCAUGUGGAGGAUCGACAGGCUACCGGCGAAGAAUUCGGCGGUGGAUCAUCCCCAUUCAUUUUCUUGCAAACUGGAACUGGGAUCUGAUCAGGAGAUCCCUAGUGACUGGUACCCUUUUGUCACCAUGGAGUGUGAAAUCAUGGGCGCAGUCGUGUCACAGACCAGAAUCAAAUCCCUGGGCACCGUGAACGAUAUUCAGCCGCAGAAACACGUGACUAGCUGGACCCGGUAUCACUGUCAGGUGGAGGUAGAGAAGAAGUGGAUUGAAACGGAGUCACAGAAGCAGUCUGGAUGUAUGACGCAGUGAUGGAUGGAGAUUCUCUGAAGAGGACGUCACGCCUUUUGAUCCAAGACAUUUACUCGAAGGUGAAAAGGGACAACAGAAGAACAAAAACACGGGUGAUGAGGGGCUUUCUGCUUUUAUCUGGUGUCACAUUCGUCUAACUAUGCAUCAUUUCAGAUUACUUCUCAUGGAAGCUAACUCAUUUUUGUACUUUUUAACUGAGUGAAUUUGUAGACCCAAUAAUUAAAUAUAUUUUUCUGCCUAGCACUUUACAUUUAAAAGAUGAAAUAAAUAUGAAAUUACAGUUUGUAUGGGUAAUGUAUAUGAACUUGUAUUUGCUUUGUCUGCACUGUCCACAAUGACUACAAGCCUUAAUGGAUGCACGCCAAAUGGGACGUUUAAGAUAAACAACAUAAGUAGUGUCCAUUCUUCUUUAUAGUACAGAAAUCAGCACAGGACGCUUCAGUUAACACUCUGUUCUUUCUCCUUUAUUUUUUUUAUACGCAGUAAAUUCUGAGGAGUAAUUACGUUUGGGGGUUUUUGUUUCUGAGGUGUCUUGUUCUUUUUCAUAUUUAUCUGAAAGUGUCAAAAAUAAGUGGACUUGCAAAGUAAAAUUGCAGUUUGAAACAAACCCAGCAGCAUUACAGCUACCUAGCAUGAUCCACUGACGGUUCAGUUUAUUUUUGGAUUUUAUACACAAACUCAUGAGUUCUGACAUUUAUAAUGCAGCAUUAGUUUCUGAUAUUUAAGGAUGGUGCUUCUUUGUCAUCAAUACAUUACUUAUGUUGUUUAUUUUAAUCUGACCGUUGACCUUAUACCAAGGGUGUAUUUAGUGGGAUUGUAAAUUUAUUUAAACAAUUCAGAUCUUUAUUAUACGACCUCGCUUUGGGCUGUGAGUAGUGUGGAUCUUAAGAAAAUGAGAUUGGUGGAGGUUUAUAGUCUGCGAAUUAUGAGGUACCUGGCUUUAGCUGGAUAUUAUGUACAAGUUGAGU